AUGAUAAAGACUAAAUUGGCUUUAUUAGUCUGCUUUGCUCUCUUAGGCUUUAGUUUUGCAUAAUUGAGCCUAGAUGAUGCACUAAAUUAUUCUUUAGAUGGUAAGAAGUGCAAGCAAAGUGACUCUGUUCAAUCCGAUAGAUAAUACAUACAGAACUAUUUGGAUAGAUAUGAAACAAUUAAAUCAGUACAAAACGAAAUUGAUAUCUUGAAAUAGGUUUUAGCUUUGAUUUAAUAAGCAAGAGCUUCAAUUGUUAAAAUUGAUGCUGGCUUUACUGCUCUUAUAUAAACUUAGAAUUAUUCAGAGCUUUUACAUGGAGAUAAUUAUGAUGAGCUCCUCAAUUUAAUCUCAGUUAUGUAAAGCACUGCUGAUCCAGAUAAGAAGCUUGUUUUGUGCGAUUAAAUUAUUCAAAAAAUUAAUGAGUUGAUUGCUGAAUAAUAAUAACUUAUUUCAAAACCUGGUUAUGCUGAAAUUCCUAAUGUCCUUACUUAAAAGCUUACAUAGAUUGAUACCUGGUUAAAGAACUGUAAGGCUGAUGCUGAAUCUCCUGGAUCUGUUGUUAUUGACAAUGGAAGUGGUAACAACAAUGGUGGUAACAACAAUGGCGGUAACAACAAUGGCGGUAACAACAAUGGCGGCAACAACAAUGGAAACGGUGGAGAUGGAAAUGGAUCAAUUAUUUCUUCACCUAAUACUGAAGAUGGUAAUGGAAGUGUUAGAAUUGGUUAUUACAUAGAUACAUAAGAUGGUCAUGGUAGUAUCAGUAUGCAACCUAGCAAAACUCACGAUAAAAACGGUAGUAUCAGAGUUUUGGAAGGAGAUUAAUAGGAUACUGAUGGUGAUACUGGUGAUGAUGACGAUGAAGAUCCUGACAAUAACGAUGACGAUUAGAAUGGGUCAAUUGAUGUUGACAACGGAAAAGGUGGUUCAUCUGGAAAUAAUAAUGGAGGUUCAUCUAGCAAUAACAAUGGCUCAUUAGAUGUUAAUAACGGCUCUAAUAACAAUAACAACAACAACAACAAUAACAACUCUGGUAACAACUCAUCUAACAAUAAUGGGUCUCUAGAUGUUAAUAAUGGUAGUGGUUCAUCUUCUGGAAGUGGUAGUGGUUCAGGUAGUGGAUCCUCUUCAAAUAAUAAUGGAUCUUUGGAUGUUACUGAUGGUUCAAUUGAAGUCGGAAAUAAGCAAUUACAAAGUGUUAGUGUUGGAAAUAAUGCUUUCAUUCAAAAAAAACUCAGAAAACAAAGACGUAUUUGA